GCCGCUUGCACUCGGCCGGCGCCCCGUCCCGCACAGACCAGCUCCGCUCCGCUCCCCCGGGAGCCGCGUCCGGAUCGGGGCUGUCCCGCAGCUUUCCAAGCCUUACUUUCGGGAGUAGUUCGCGCGGGGUCGCGCCCUAACCCACCGCCACCAUGGAUGCCAUCAAGAAGAAGAUGCAGAUGCUGAAGCUGGACAAGGAGAACGCCUUGGACAGGGCCGAGCAAGCCGAGGCGGACAAGAAGGCAGCGGAGGAGAGAAGCAAGCAGUUAGAGGAUGACAUUGUGCAAUUGGAAAAGCAAUUGCAUGUGACGGAGGAUACGAGGGACCAAGUGCUGGAAGAGCUGCACAAGUCUGAGGACAGCCUCCUCUCCGCAGAGGAGAAUGCUGCCAAGCUGGAGGACGAGCUGGUGGCUCUACAAAAGAAGCUGAAGGGCACUGAGGAUGAGCUGGACAAAUACUCCGAGUCCCUUAAAGAUGCCCAGGAAAAGUUGGAACUGGCUGACAAAAAGGCCACAGAUGCUGAGAGUGAAGUGGCUUCUCUGAACAGACGCAUCCAGCUGGUUGAGGAAGAGUUGGACCGGGCUCAGGAGCGCUUGGCCACUGCCCUGCAGAAGCUGGAGGAGGCUGAGAAGGCUGCAGAUGAGAGUGAAAGAGGAAUGAAGGUCAUUGAAAACAGAGCCCAGAAGGAUGAAGAGAAGAUGGAAAUCCAGGAGAUCCAGCUCAAAGAGGCCAAGCACAUUGCUGAAGAGGCCGACCGCAAGUAUGAGGAGGUGGCUCGUAAGCUGGUGAUCAUUGAGAGCGACCUGGAGCGGGCUGAGGAACGUGCUGAGCUCUCAGAAAGCCAAGUCCGACAGCUGGAAGAACAGUUAAGAAUAAUGGAUCAAACCUUGAAAGCAUUAAUGGCUGCAGAGGAUAAGUACUCGCAGAAAGAAGACAAAUAUGAAGAGGAGAUUAAAGUUCUGACUGACAAACUGAAGGAGGCUGAGACCCGUGCUGAGUUUGCUGAGAGGUCAGUAACCAAGCUGGAGAAGAGCAUUGAUGACCUAGAAGAUGAGCUGUAUGCUCAGAAACUGAAGUACAAAGCCAUCAGUGAGGAGCUGGACCACGCUCUCAAUGAUAUGACUUCCAUGUAAAUGUCCUCCCAGCCUGUCCCUGCUGCCGCUUCCCCGCCCUCACUGAUUGCGCGGUGCCGGCUUGUGAGACGGUCCCCCUGUGCAGGGGGAGCCUCAUUCCUUUAGCAAGACUUAGGUGUACAAAAUACCAUGAACAAUUUCUUUACCGUGGCAAAGCGUGGGUGAGUGUUUGUGCCUAGCCUGGUAAAUCCUCAUGGUGAUUUUGUAAGCUCGUGGUCCCUCUGUCCGUCGGUGCCUGCAGUCCGUGUGUCCUGGGGUUGCCCUUCGUUUGUAGCUCGGUUUGUCCUCUCAGUUCACCUCUGUUCAAGCUUUGUCUACCAGGCCCCUCGUGUUCAUUUUACCAAAGAAAAUUGCCUUGGUCUGUGUUGGAUUUGGAGGGCACUCUUCUGCCUGCUGUCGCAGUUUGGCUCUGGCAAAAUUUCUACAAAAAUGUCCAAGAAAUUUAGAUUUAGUCAUAGUUAUUAACUUAUUAUUUCUUUUAGAUAACACUUUCCACUGUCAUUAAUAAAUAGGGAAAAAUUAUUUCUCUAUUUAUUAGUGACAGUGGAAAAUGUUUAUCUGAAUUCACUUAACUGCUCUGAAAGUUUCACCUGUUACCACUAAAUUACAAUUGCAGAAAUGGAUUUAAAAUACUUUGUCAUUUAAACCCAUAAAAGUCACAGUUGUUCAUUGGUUCCUUCUGCAUGUUUCCUGGACAGUAGUAGCAAUUUAAUUUGCAUAGACCAAAAAUGUGGUGUAACUUGAGCCAUAAGGAUAAAAAAACAGUGACAGGAGAGCAGGAGAGUGACCAGCUGGAAGGUGUGAGUGGUUCCUGCAGCGUGUGCUACCACUCGCCUCGUGCACUCUGACCAGAGCUCAGCUGUGCCACAGCCACCUUCCCCUGCCCACACCUGGCACUUGCAUGACCCCUGCCUGGCUGGCACGGGAGAGGGGCAGGGCUGUGGCUCUCAGGGGCAUGGGAGGUGCAGUGUUUAGUCCCAGCACUUCUCUUUCUAGGCAUGAUUUCCACAAGGCACGAGGUUUGCUCAGAGCCUGACGUGUAUUUUGCGUGCACCUGUAUUUUAAAGGGUUUUUUUCUUUGCAUUUUUUCAUCCCUGUGUCUGUUCCAUACUUUCCUCUCUCCCAACAUUUUUAGUAGAGGUCUAAUGUUGUCUGCUUCGUAUGCUUUGAUUUUGUUUUCUGGUUUUGAAUUCCCUCCCAACAUAUGCUUUUGCUCUGUGGUUUUCCAAGCAGAUGGAUUUCUCUUUUCCUCCUCUGUGUGCAGAGGUGCCAGUAUUUCUUCAAUUUGGGAUAUUUCUAAAUGGAAACCAGACUUUAAAUUAUACUCUGCUGCUACACGAGGACAUUCCAGUCCCAGCAUGGUGUGCUGUUUCUCUAGUAUAGUCUCUCAGCAUGCUGGGCUCUGCUGUGCAGUUGCUGCUUUUUUGGAAGUCUUUACUGCGCCUUUUUUUUCAUUCUCUACCUCAUCUCCCUUUUUCUUUCCAUGCAGAUAAUUUUCUUUGCUUCACUUCUCCCAAGACAUCCUCCUCGGGUUGGAUCAAACAUCUCCCCCAGCUUUGGAUGUUUCAUGGGUUCAUUGUCCUGUCCUCUAGCUUAGCUGCCUCUCUUCUCUCCACCUGGCUCAGAACAUGCUCUGUUUGUGCCCUGCUGUACAGAAACCACAUUUCUCCAUGUAAAAUAAACAUCCCAGCUGUACUCCUUUCGCCAUUCCCUUGCCUUUUAUUUAUUUAAGGAACUAUUUAAGUUAUUAAUAAAAAAUGCUCUUUUUUUUUGCCCGCAGGGAUUUUUUUUUUUUUUGGUGUUUUCAUUUUUUUAUCUGCAAACACUUUUGCCUGAACGUUGACAAUGCCAAGCCAGUGAGAGCAGUCUGUGGGAUGAGAGCACUGCUCUUGGUGUCAAAAGUGACUGGUUAUUAGUUAUUAUCUUAGUUUCUCUCAAAACAUUAUGAUGCAGAUAAAAUGACAAAUAGAUGUAAUGGGAAUUUUCCCAGUUGUUAUUGUUGGGCCAAAAUCUGCAAGGACACUUCUUCCUUGGGGUCACUUGGUCGUGGGAGCGUGGCUGAGAGAACAGUUACAUCCUUGACACCACAUUUUUCACUUUAAAGCCUUAAAAUUUGCUCCUGGCUUGGUGCUGAAGACUUCUGGUCUUUAUAUAAAAGUGUUUGUUCGUGAACUUUAAAUAUUUGAGACAGAUUUAAAGGGGCAAUAUCAAAAAUUUUAAAUUCUUUUUUUUUUUGCAUCCAAAAAUAGCCCUUGAAUUGUCUUGCAAAGAAGUUUUCCCUCUUUCACCCUUAGUGAAUUCAGCAGACUUGCUGCUUGGUAACUUUUUGGGGGUUUUAGAAUGUAUUUUUCUUGAGUGGCAUGAUAGGAUUGGAAGUUCAUCAGGGAGGUUUCAGUAGUUUUCCACUCUUGGGCUUAGUUCAGACUUGUGAGUUUGGAUUGCAGACUCAUGAGAAGUGUUUCAAAACUGCAGUAGGAAAACUCAGGAUUACGGUGUUAAUGAAUGGUUCUGCUGCAGAGUGGAACAUGGUGGAUAUCAGGUUGGAAAGCCUCAACAUUGGCUUUCAGCUGGUUUGUCAGUGCCUAAUUAAGGAUGAAGCAUUAAAUAUUGACACCUUGGGGUUUUUUGUACUAUUAUUUGCAACCAGGGAGUUUAUUGCCUUAUUUUAACUUAAUUUACUUUACAAUGAAAGGAGUUAUUUUCCAUUUCAUACUAAAGUGAAUCAGUUUAAACUGGAUUGAUUUCUGGUCUCUCUUUCUAUAUUGCUAAAGUUCCUCGGUCACCAAAGCUAAAUAAACUUAUUAUAGCUGAACUGUAGUUUUUAACUUGUAGAAUAAUGUAAAUAUGUCUUUCUUGUCCGGCUUCAAGAUGAUUCAGCAGUGCAGUCUAGGCUAGAUUUUCUCCCUUCCCCAACCCUUGUUUUCCAAAGAAGGCUUGCAGAUGGAAGCAUCCCGCUUUUCUGUCCCAUGACACGUCCCAUUGUUGCUGGCCCUGGGGGAAGCCCAAGCACAGGAUGUGGCUCAGCAGUCAGGGGUGGUUCCAGCAGUGAAGCUCAGCUGAGAUGCAGCAAGUGGGGCUGAGCACUGGGGGUGCUGCAAGGGAGAGGCAAAAGGUGAGGGUUGAGCAGGUACAGUGGGAUGAGUGAAAUGGCUGAAGCUGCUGUGGGUGACUUCACAAAUGCAGCAGUUUUGGGG